AUGGACAAGCAGUUCGGGAAGUUCUUGGAGGUCUUCAAGAAACUUCAAAUCAAUAUUCCAUUUGCGGAGGCACUCGAGCAAAUGCCCAGCUAUGCACGGUUUACGAAGGGUAUUCUAUCUAAAAAGCUUAAGCUCGAGGAGUUGGAGACAGUGGCGUUGACGGAGGAAUGCAGUGCAGUGUUGCAACAGAAAUUACCUCCUAAACUGAAGGAUCCAGGAAGCUUCACUAUUCCUUGCACUAUUGGGGAGCUUUCUUUUGAUAAAUGCUUAUGCGAUCUGGGAGCCAACAUCAAUCUGAUGCCAUUGUCGAUUUUUAUGCAGCUUGGUUUACCAGAGCUCAAACCGACGAGCAUGUCGCUGCAGCUAGCUGAUCGGUCUAUUACAUACCCACGCGGUAUAAUCGAAGAUGUGCUGGUCAAAGUCGACAAGCUGAUUUUCCCAGCUGAUUUUGUGAUCCUCGAUUUCGAGGAAGAUAAGAAAAUUCCUAUCAUCUUGGGACGACCCUUCUUAGCAACUGCCCAAACUUUGAUUGAUGUUCAAAAGGGUGAGCUCACAAUGAAAGUGCAUGACCAGAUGGUAACCUUCAAUGUAUUCAAUGCAAUGAAGCUGCCAACCGAUGAGGAGUCUUGUUUCAAUGUGGAUGCAUUCGACUCGUCUAUGCUAGCCAGCAGUAAGCGAUUACUUCAAACUGAUGCUUUAGAAGCAGUGCUUACUGGUAAUGAGGAGUUAGCUGAUGAAGAUGAAAUGGAACAACUCCAACAUUUGAGUGCGUCUCCAUGGAAGAGGAGGUUUGAUGCACCUAUCGAAUCUCUUGAAUUGUCCGAGUUGAAGGGCUCCCAUGAGCCGUUGAAACCAUCGGUUGUUGAAGCACCUAAGCUAGAACUUAAGCCACUGCCGGAUCAUUUGAGGUAUGCAUUCUUGGGUGAAAGUUCUACUCUUCCUGUUGUUAUUUCUGCUAACCUUUCAGGUGAGGAAGAGGACAAGCUUCUACGGUUGCUAAGAGAGUUUAAGACGGCCAUCGGCUGGACCAUCGCCGAUAUCUAG